AUGGCUCGUGGUGCGGACGGGGCUGAGGCCGUGAAACGAGGCCGGAGCAGUCCGGGCGACGGUGUGGCAUCGGCAGCAUCGGGCGUUGCAGGGAAAGCAGCUUUGGCUCGGGAUGAUUUGGAGCGUUGGCGGCUUCAUCCUGUAGCGACGGAGGUCAGCAAGGUGGUGGCGCGCUUGCGCCAGCAGGGUAAGUUUGAGACGUUGGAACAGUUGGCCUGGAACGUCAUGGAGAGGGUUGACGAAGCUUGGUUCACCGGCAGUGUCGUGCAGGAGCUCUUUUAUCCGAAGGGAGGUUUUCGUCCUUCGAGAAACCUUGGCAACAAGGCCGAAGUGCAGAUUCUGGUGGAGGUCAUUUGGCAGGACACGCUGACAUUCUUGCGGGCUCGUGGCGAGGAGCAGGAGUGA